UCUCUCUCUCUUUCUCUCUUCCUCGGUGACUCGCGCGCUCGUCUGUGUGCGUGCGUGCAUCCCGUCUCUCCGCCUGCCUGCCUGCUGCCUGUUCGCCUGCCUUCCCACUAGCCCGCCGAGAACACUUACCGGAUCCGCUCCCGGUGUACGUGCGUGCGGGCGUACGUGCGUACACGCCCGGGCGCGCGGGCCACCUCCUGGGUGAACGUGUGUGCAUGCCCAACGUACCCCUCGUCGACUGGCCGAGCGCUGAUUCUCUCUCUCUCUCUCUCUCCCCGAGACUCCUCCGAGACGAGCCACGCGGGCGACCGCCCUGAGGCAUAACCUCAAACUCGACCCUUUCGUUCCUCAGCUACUGGGCCGUUCAGGUGCUCGCCUUCUUUCGGAAAUUCCCAAUUAGCUUCGUUCGAAGCGUGGCAGGGAUUCGUUGGGUCGACGUUUGAACCCUGUACCAAUUUUCCUUGAGGACGACCGAGCCUUCUCUCGGGUUCCGGUCGGCCCUAAAGUAUGCCACCUCGUCUUUCCAGAUGUAGCCUUCUCGGCCUUUCCGAGAGCAUGACCUUUCAGAGGCUCCGAAUCGAAUUCUUCUUCCGAUGUUCUCGCGCGGUGUUGGUCUUUUCUUCUUGCCCUGCUGAAAUAAAAAUCAUGGUGAUUGCAUCUGGCAAUUGAUAACCUCCUAGUAUUUGCUUUAGAAUGACUUUAAUUUAUUCUGAUUUCAGCUUUACCUGCUGGGAUUUUGGUUUUACGUAGCAAUGUAAAACUCAUAGAGAAGCGAUGGCUUAUUGAAGAUUUCUAAUCGGAUUAACGAUUGACAUACUUUCGAUUUGAGUUAGAUAGCUUCGAUCUUAUAUUUUGUUUGUUUGUUUUGUACUUUGAGUUUCAGAGUCUUAAAUUUGGGUUGCUUUUAGGGCUUUCUUGUGGCUGGUUUAGAGAAGUCUUCGCUUAGCAACAGGCAGUGUUUGAGAUUCCUUAAUGAAUUCAUCGUUCAACUUAUUUACCUUAGAAAUAUUAAGUAACUAUUUUAUGUUCUGCCAUUAGUUGAGAGUCGGUUCUGGUGUUCUACAUCUUUUCCAAAUGGAUUUGGUUGGAUCGUCUAAAAUGCAUGCGAUAUAUUCGGUAACCCUACUGUAUCGUUUUCCUUAAAUUUGUUUGUCCCUUCCUGCUGACGUGCCGGUGAAAAAUGCCAGUUUCCUUGUGCAUUCCUACAAGGAUUUUUCAAGAGCAAAAGCAUUUUAGUAAACCUCCCAAAAUAUCUUGAAUUUAUGCAGUUUCUAUUUUAGCUAUAGGGUUCUCGUUUCAUAGCCAUUGAAUGAUGCAAACAAGGGUAUGCGUGGAUUAUUUGAGACUACGUAUAAGAUGAUUAAUUGAUGUACUCUGUAAUUUCGAACUCGGUGAAUGCAUGUAGUAAUAUUUAAUAGAAUCUUUCCUUAAACAUAAGUUGGUGCAAUGGAAAUUCAUAGUGAUUCGAUUCGUGAAAAAAUAGUAAAAAUAUCUGGGCUACGUGCGAAUCAAUAUUCCAGAGUUUCAUCGUGAAUCUAGUCAACUAGGUAGUAACCGUCGUUAGUAUUUAGGAUGGAACGUUAUUGCUUCUAUUUAUUUUAGUAAGAAGUAGUCCUGAAACUUCUUGUAUUCAGUUAUUAUUUUCCUGAAAAUCAAUUAUAAUAGUUACAUUAUGUAAUACCAAAGUAGUAUUCACUAAGCCCGGGAAAAAUAGGGUCUUUUAUAUAUUUAUAUUUUAUACUUUCACAAUAUUAUACCAGUUGCCCUGUAGUUGAGAUGGAAUAAAACUUCUUUAAGUUGUAGUACUAAAUGAAUAAUUUAUUCCCAGUAUAUUGUAUAAUUUUGUAACUUUAACCUAGAAAGAAUUAUAAAUUUCAUUUCAUGCAUAUAGCUGCAGUCGAUUAGGAAGCAAUAUGCAAAUUAAUACAUUUUAGAAUGUCCUUUCAAUGUCAAGAAGAACAAGUAGAGAAAGGUCAUUGACAUGGGAGCUGUUGUGGAUGUCAUCACGGCCCUGGAGAAGACGACAAUCACCAAAGAGGUGCUUGAGGUUACAAGGCUUGGCAAGUAUAUCAACGAGCUACGCAGAAAAACAAGCAACGAUGCUCUGGCUAAACGAGCGAAAGACUUGGUACGCCGAUGGAGAGACAUGGUUCUACCAUCGGCCCACUCCACACCGCAGCCCACACCAGCUGAUACGGCACCACCGGCCCUUAAUGGAGCGAAACCCCAGAGUCCUGCGCUGAGGGGUCUGAGGCCACAGAGCCCUUCGUUGAAGGGACUGAAACCUCAGAGCCCAUUGUUGCGGGAUGCAACACCGUUACAAGUCCUAAGUCCGACCCUGUCGGUGCACAGUGACCGGUCGCGCUCGCCGAAUGCUACCCCCACGAAGCCGACGAUGACAACGCUGACCAACCACAGGCUAACCACCGAGGAAUCUCCGAAGUUGAGGCCGUCGUGUCAGAACCACACGACGGAGGCGGUACCGCGAACCCACAGCUCGAACAAGCGACUCCGAAAAGACGAGUCCGAGUACCAGCCGCCUCAGCAACCCCACCGGCAAGUCCACCGGCAGCAACACCAGCAGAAACAUCACUCCAGCUCGAUGAAUGAGUGCGCCGAGCCAGCCGCCAAGAAGCAGCGCCUCAACGGCGAGAGCGCGACCGGCAACGCCGGCAGCUUUAAUUCGCAAGUGCCUAGUCCGGCGACGAAAGAGCUUCUCGGGAGCGGGUCCGUCGGCGAGCAUCCGGCCCGGGAGAGCCGGGACGCCCGGGCCAGCCCGCCGGCCGAAGAUGAGCUGCCGGGCCCGAAGAAGCGCGGCCGCAAGAAGGGCAGCAAGUCCCUCAAAAAGCAGCCCCUCCUCGAGGACCGGGUCAAGGAGAAGCUGGCCAGCAUAUCGCGGAACCCGAAGCUCAAGACGACCCAGGAACUGCUGGCCGACCUGCAGGCGCGGGGCUCGAACGCGGCGCCGGCCACGCCCGCGACUUCCGCGACGCCCGCGGCGGCAGCCGCGACGGCCGCGACGCCCGCGGCGUCCGCGAGCCAGGGCACGGACGCGCCCCCUAGUCAGACCAAGGAGCCGCCCAGCAUCGAGGACAUUCUGAGGGGCAGCGACGAGCAGCAAGUGACCAAGUACCUAAAGACGCCGCGGGCCAACGCCGCCUCCAGAGGCGCCACGGCGCCCGGGAUGCCCCACACCCGGUCGCGUACCAGCGAAAACGUCCUCGCUGGGAGGCCGCAGCCCUUCUCCAGGUACCGCGGCGAGCCGGAGGUCAUCCUCGUCGACGACGAUGACGAGGAGGAGGAGGAAGACGAGGACGACGACGAUGGGGGCGGCGACGGCGCCGCACGGAAGCGGCCCUCCUCUCCGAGGCAGGAGCUCACGGUCGAGGAGAUCCUGGCCAAGCUGCCGCCCCUAGAUCCGAGUGCCAUCCGGUGGAGCGACGACGAGCAGGACGCCGAGGAGGAGGGGGCCGAGGGCGAGCGGCGGAAGGCCGCGCCGGCGCGGUCCCCCAGGCGAGUCACUCCCGAGGACGUCGAGAGGUUACAGAGGGACCGCAUAGAAGGCGUCAACGGGAACUUCCAACCGAAGCUCUCCUCCCUGACUCGGCUCGCCGGGGACGGCGGCGACGCGCCCGCGGCUAGGACGGCCGAGGGCGCUGACGGGGAGACGGAGUUUCGGGAGUGGCACGAGAUGCUGGCUAAACCCAGCUACAACGGCCAGAUCCUCCACAUAUUGCCUUAUGUUAUUAUCGAUUAGUAACUCUGAUCAUUUCCCUCCUGCUCCGCGCGGGGACCACCCACUAUUGGGCGCGCUCGACCGACCGUCGGACCGACUCCUCGGGGCCGCUUGGAAACCCCCCGUUGGUCGUUGAUGCCGCCACCUACGUCGCCGUCGUCCUCGUGAUUCUCGUUAACAUCGUCACCGGCGCCCAGCGGUUUCACCAGCGUCGCCGUCUCCCGAACCCCGUAAUCCUCCGUUCACCAUCGUCAACGUCAUCAUCCUCAUCGUUAAUAUUAUUCUAAUUAUAGUUUGAUUAAUAUUAUUCGAGCGUAUGCGCGGACACGUUAGGCCGCACGGUGGGUACCGUCGAGGCGGAUGCGCGGCGCUGCCGGGGACGGCUCCGGGCGAGAACUCGAGGCUGCCGAUCGGCGAUCGAAGGGCACCUUUUAUUUAUCGAAAAAGCCUUCGGAUCACAGCUGGCCGCCGUUCUUCUUCCUUUUCCUCUCUCUGUACGCGUUCUCGGUUUACGCGUGUAUUGUUAUUUAUGCCGAGUGGGGACCGCGUCGCUUUACCAAACAACGAGGACUCGUCGAGCGAGAAUGGAGGAGUGCGCGUUGGGCGAUACCCCGGGGGGGGUUAGAUCGACUUAACUUUUGCAUCGAGGACGAGUCAAUGCCCGCUCGCGAGGGUGGCGGAGAAAGAGAGAACGGCUAAUAUUUUGUUAACUUCGUUUAGACAUAGGUUUUUUUUUUUUUUUCCAAAUACGUCGUGUAUAUAGUAUGUAGUAUAGGGUCUCGAACGAACAUUUUAGUACGAAACAUGCCUUGCUAUAAAUAAUUGCUGGAGUAACGACUGUCGGUCGGUAGUGACGUAACGAUGCGAUUCGCGGGGGCCGGCCUCGGACAAUACGUAACGGUAGUGCCAAAGAUAACGGUUAGGCUGUCGCCGACAUGCGAUCGAUUCGUUUUACACGAACGUGGCCCCGACGAGGGCGGCAGCAACAGCAGCAACAGUGAUGAAACUUGGACCUUUUUUUACGGACCACGUGUCUCCAUGAGGUUUCUCUCGAGCGAAUUCCAGCGAGUGGCCGGCAAGCCUGGGCUUGCGCCACUGGCGGAAAAAUUGGUUGUCCUAUUUUAACGAAUAGCUAACGCGGCCCGUGGCCGCGCUCUUAAUCGUCGUCGCCGAGUUACCGUCUGGAAAAGAAAAAAAAAAAACUAGUUCAGGAUCUCCGCGUGUUCCUGCGCGACGUCUACCUUCUGCCUUAAAACUUUUCGACUCGAUCGACUUGCAUAUCUCGACGGGAUUCGAACGAGACUCAAUUUUCAAGGGGUUACGAUCGAAGCGCCGUAGUUUCCCCGAUCGCUAUUGCAGAUCACUUAGCUAUGAUGGUUACUUAUUGUCCGAUGGACACCCCCCUCCUCGAUGCUAACCAACGAUAGGAGAUAAUCAGCGGGGCAGAUUAUUUAAUUACUUAAUUAAUUAAAACUGGUACCGCGGAACCACGCGAAACGUGCAGAGACAAUGUUGCAUUACUUGUAAAAUUGUGAUCGCCAGAGAGGAGAGAAAAAGGAGAACGAGGAGCGAAUGCGAUCUCGAGAAUGUGUGUGAGCGAAAGAGUGCGAGUGGAUGUGACGCCACCGAACAGUGAUAAACGCGCGAGCACCGCGAAUCUGCGUUAAGGGGGUAUGCACGUAAUUGUCAUGGGUGUCGCCAAGUUGUACGACGUAAUGUCUGCCGCGAGCCGUGUCGCGUUUACCGCGUUACUACUUCUUUUAAGGCUGCCCGAUAACAUGGACCUCUGUAACCGGAUUUCCGCCGUUAACUUCGCUUUCCGAAUCGCCGUGCACUGGCGAGAUCCGUGUUUCUUCUGUUGCCGGAGGUCAAGUGGGUUCGAAAGUGACUCUUUUUAUCGGAUGAGCUUACCGAUUCGCUUCGAUUUCUGGAACUUCGAAGCGUGAAUACCCGGACACCGGGCGGAUCGUUUCUACACUCUGAGAGAUGCGUCCGGUUUAAGGCAAUUUCAAAAGGAAAUGACAUUUCGUACCCCUACCAGCGAUUUACAGCGAAAGAAGAUGGCAUUACGGUCUGCUUCGUGGCAUAUGUUUGAAUUGUUAUUAAGUUUUAGAUCUCUGAUAAAAACGAUCGACUCGUUAGCUUGGCCUGGUCUGGAUGUACACGCGUCGAAGCUUGGAAUUGUGUUCCGCGGGUGGAUUUCGAUAAUUCGGUACACUUGUGGGGUAAAAUGUCGAUUUCUGAUUCUUUUGAACGAUGGUUUUUACACUAGGCAUUUAUACGCUGGUAUGGUACAGUGAAAAAGACUGUCGUAGCGCUGAAUGUUUCCCUGUAGCGAGUAUGUAGUUUCGUUUGAGGAUCGUUAGUAGCGCCACGCAGCGGACAUUCUUAAACUAACCGCUUUUCUUCAAAGGGUCGCCGCAGUCGAACAACUGCGACACACGAGAGGUCGAUCGUGUACCGGGAAAAUAGUUAACAGAUUCGCGACUCGAACGAUAACGACGGGUUAUGCUGGAGAGAUACACAAGACUGUCAGUUUUCCUAGAUUUUAUUCAACCCACUGGAACAACAUAAACCGGUUGCCCAGUCAUCCUUUCAAGGGUAAAAUUGUCGUUCUCCGUGACCGGACGCCAUCUUUCCGCGAGCAGCUCAACUUUCGUAAUUUCCUAGGACACAUCCGGCAACGAUUGUUGUUUCCUCUUGUAACUGGUUAGGAAUCGACGUCAGGAAUGUGUCAAAAAACGAGAAAAAGAAAAAAGAGAAAAAAAAAGAGAGAGAAACUAACUGCUAAUGGGAAAGCAGGUGGACAAUUUUUAUUUUUCUACCGACAUUUGAAAUUCCCAAGCGGCCGGUACGUUGCGCUGCAAAACACUGCCCGAGGUGCUCAAUCGAAACUUCAUACUCGCAUAUUAACCCAUUGAAAAUGUUACCGAUAGUGGGUACAGGUGCAGUAAGGUGUACAAAGCGCAUGUAUGUAAUACUUCUAUAUCUUCAGACCUCCGAGAAGCGAGUCCAACUACGCGAUAUUGCUGAGAGUUCAGUAUACUUUCUGCGCGUGCUUUGCCAUCAUCUCGACAUACAUUGCAGACAAUGCCAUUUAACGUAGCGUAGAAAACCGUUACAGAUUGAAAUGAAGUGUAUUAUGUACAUAGAAAAGGGAAAACGACAAUUAGUUUUAUAGCGCGUAACGAUAACACGUCCAUAUAUGGUUGAAACGUAACUUACAUAUAAAUAUUUAUAAAACCGUGAGGUCUCAAGCCGAACACGCGCAGAAAGGACUCGGAAUUCGUUAUCUUUCCCUUGAUUUCGGUAUCAGUUCUCACCUCAUUAUUAACCGUGUAAGAGUAUUAUGUAUAUGGCAAAGCUUUGAUUCUGCUCGCUGUAUUACGUUUCUCGCGACCUUAUGAAUGUCCAAGGCACCAUUUAACGUGGAUCUUUUAGGGAUCUAUUGUUGUCUGCAAUUCGACGAAAUCGAGAGGGAGAACGAAAUGCGAAUAUUCAUGGUCGAGUACUCGAACACGGCGGGCAACAAUCCGUAAUUUGUACUUCAGUUCAUAAUACCUUAUGGGUUGCUCCUGUCGUUGCCGAUGAUCCCUUCGAGCUUGCGACUGGUCCUUGUUUCUGACGCGAACAAUCGUUAAUCUCCGUGCAAUUUAACUUUCGUAUCAGGCUACGGUUAAAAUGAAUUUCUUCGCGAAUGAUCUUUUUUUCCGCAUCGGGAUUUCUUGGGGUACUCUGGCGCCGCGUGUCCACCCCUGCUCAUGUGUAAUAUCUUUCGUAUGGUGGAUGCUGCGUGUAGCUGAUCAUUCGCAUAACGGACGCAAUAUCAUUCCGCGGUGGACUGUAAAACUUGUGCAACGUUUAUGCAGCUGGACGGUAUUGCGUGUGCUACAGGUCGUCCUAGAGGUAGUUACACGUGAGGUAUGCGCCGAGGGCCGGCUGUCUGCGAAAUCGAAACGAAAUUCUAAACCAUAGACGAAGAAACGGAGAAAACCAAACUGAUAGAUGCCGAUUACACUUAAGACGAUAGGAAGGUGGCAUUCGAUGGAUCAAUGGUACCUUUUUGCAACUGUCUCGAAUUGCUCGAUAUUUUACCACGUGAACGCGCAGGCCCUAAGGAUGGUCCUGACACCCGUGAAAUUUCAUGUUUUAUUUGAAGGAAAAAAAAAGAAAAAAAAUGUUAAUGUCCAUAAAUUCUUAAAGAAUUGAAAUGUCAUGGGGGUUCGGACCCUUAGUUGUAGCCUCCAUGUUCACGUUGUAAAGCUUGAAACGAUUCGGUACACCUAAUUCGGAGAAAAGUUUCAUAAAUGAGACCUCCUUGACGCCACUUUCGUAUCACCUUAACACGCCUAUGGCAGUUCCUCGCGGUCGUUCUUCUUACUCCUUGGAGUUAAGGUGGAAUUAUCGCCGCGAAUGGGGCUGUCAUGUGGAAUCACUUCUCGCUGAUACAUUAGGAUACGUGUACUCGUUGAUUUUAGCUUCCUGGGGAAGGAACAACGUCAUCGUAGUCCGGUCGGGGGUCGGUCCUUCCCGGUGCACCCUUCGGAACUACCGUACCCCGAGCGUUGCAUCCGCGCAUGCGCCCGCCGUCAGUCCUGAAUAACCGAGACCGAAUCCUCGAGUCCUCGCAAAGCAAUGGGAAAAAGGAAAAUAGAGAGAGAAAAGAGAAAAAAUUGUAAAAUGAACACCGAGACCAUCGCGCUGUCCGAAACAGGAGCCUGCACUCAUCUGUCAUCGUUUCCCCUCCGUGCGCGCCAACGGCUGGGUAUAUAUUAUGUCGAUACGUACAUUUUUAUCUCCGAUGUACACGAAAGACUGAUACGAGUCUCCGGCUAGUGAAAUUAUUUUGGUACAGUUUUGCUUGGGACGAGCGAAGGACGAUCCGUCGUGUCGCGUCGAGUGCGAGUUUAUCACGGAGAGAGAGAGAGAAAGAGAGAGUAAAGCGUGCGUGGGAGAGAGAGAAAGAGGAAGAGAGGGAGAGAGACGUUAAUGUCUAUUAAUGAUUGUUCCACGAACAAUAAAAGCAUUCGCAAUUUGUACAAUCGGCAUUCGUGUAUUCUUCCAAGGCCACGGCCUCCGGUCGUUCAGUCUCGAGGGGUGCUCUCUUGCCCAAAUUUAUGCAGCCAGAUCUGCUCUUAUCAGUGCUCUUUGGCGUUAUUAAUUUUUUUUUUUUCCAAGCAAUCCCUGAUAUUCCUUGUUGCGAUACAUGCGCCAUGAGAUAGUACUCAAUGCAUGGAUGGAAUAACAGCCUUCCGGGGAUGUUUUGUAAACGAUUUAAAAAAUUGUUGUUUAAUGAAUUAAUUUUCGGAAAUGUUAAAAGCACCCUCGUAAGGGUGGAUCGACCAGGUAAAAGAGGUGUGUACCUUUAGUCAAACGAUACGAGGAAGUUAUCGCACGACUGGCACGCUUUUCGGAUAUUGUCGCGAAUUAAGGGAAGCGAGAGGGUCUUCUACUCUCCUUACAUUUUUGGUACAGCAAAUAGAUAUUUUUGUCGAUUUUUUUGAAAGAAAAAAAAUGACAAUUUUGAGAGCCAGUAGCGUGACCCAUGUAUGUAUAAUAUAUGGACCGCACACGGAACGGUGAGAAAAAGAGAACUAUGGUAAUCGAAGCUACGCUUCUCUGCACUGGUCGCAUGCGCAGUAAGUUCUUGACAGUUGAUUGACAGCAAUAUACAUAUUGACAUGCGCAAAUUACUUCACUGCGCACUCCUGUUGCACAUACAAGCGUAGACCCGAUCGUCAAUGUUCUCGUUCUCUCGUCGUUCCGUUAGACCCAUUCGGAGCCAUAUUCAAGUAUAGGGAGUGACCGGUCCAUAUAUUAUACGUCCAUGAGCGUGACGUAAACGAGUGACUUGUCGGGGAACAAUCGGUGUUUAGCUUUGUAUCGGAGGAAAAGGGACGAUUAGAUUAUGCCAUUAGACUCGUCGCCGGUUACAGGAUCUUCUUGUUUGCCAAGCAGUAUCGUGGCAACGGUACAAAAGUGUACAUUAUCGACAACACUUAAUCAAGACUGUUAUUCCACUUUGCCUUUGUAUAUUUUGUAUCCGUCGUGUAUAAAGUCAUGAGAGCCACUCGAUGUUUCUGCUAAAUUUCGGUUACCAUUACUUAAUCGUUUCUUUUCGUUUUUAUUCGUCCUUUUUUUCUCGUCUCCGUACGAGGGGGUACGAGACGAGGUCGUUCGGCAUGGGAAAGUAUUUGUUUAAAAUACUUUGUUAACGAGUGUUUUGUGAUAGUGUGCCACGCAAUAUAAAUACCUUGUUGAAAAUGUCACGUAUACAAACCAAUGAGUGAUUGGAAAAGAAAAAAAAAAUGAAAAUAGAAAACCAGCCAAUUGUGUACGUAGGAUAGGUAUUCAUUUUCGUUACCUACGUCGUAGGAUCUUAAAUCAUUUGAAGCGUUAUCAAAUUACACGUCUUAUACUUCCCACGGUGUGAGUAAUUGCUGUGUGCACCAACUCUAAGGAUAUUUAUUAUUUUUAAACGACUAGCCUUAGGUUUAUCUUUCGCUGUAACUUAGUUUGAAUGUGACGUCUUCAACAGAGAAUUUUCGCAGGUCGUUACAAUAUAAGGUACCCGUGCUAAAUAGAGCCACUCGCGAUCAGUUUCAGAGCUACCGUCACUAAUUUUCUUUCCCUAGAGAAACAAUACUUGUCAUGAAAAGCAACAAUUUUAGCUGUUCCGUCGAAUAUUAACAUGCCUUUCCUUAUUUUACGACCGCGUAGAUCAGUUUAAUCUACCAGUCGGUUUCUUCGGUGAUUUUAAUGCCGUACCCGGCUUUAUUGGAAUUCAUUAUGUAAAGGCACAUUCUUGGUUUUAAAUUUUAACUUAAGUACUGGCCAGGGAUAGGCGAAGAAUAACUUAUUUAUUCAGUUAUUUUCUUUUCAAUUGCCCCUCACCGUCCAAGCCAUUAUUUAUAUUACAGUACUUUUUAUAAAAAUUCAACAACAGCGAAAGCAAAGAGAGUAUGACUCGUUAAGUCCGAAAGUGGCUCUGUAGGGCUCUGGUACCUGAAAUCUUUUAAUAAACUAUUAUUUAUAAAAGUGGCAUUAAGAGAAAAGCAAGGGACACCUAUAUUUUAAUUUAUGCCAAUGAUUAAAAGUAGUGUAAUAAAAAGAAGUUAUUUGAGCAAUCGAAGAGCUAGAUAUUCUUUUAAUUGUUAGAAUAAUUUCUUCCUUCAGGAAGAUUCUAUACGUGAUUUACGACAUCUAUUUAACCGAGUACUUCUUAUGCAGUAUUCUUUACCAUCCAUCCGCACCGUAUCUGAAAGUUUAAUUUAGUUAAACGUCGUACCAGGUCUCAUCGAUCGACAAAAUUGUUUAAACGAAGAAAAGAAAGUUACUUUAGAAGAAUCAUCCUGUACAUCGCGAAAAGUAACGAUACAACUUGUCGGUACCACCUUUACGGUGUUAUCGUUCCAAUGAAAUUAUUUUCGGGCCAUAACUAUUCAGAUUUUAAUCAUCCAGUACUUCUUAUACAAGUAUCAUCGAUCACGUGUAAUGCGCUGUGUAUAAAAAAGAAAUUACGUGGGUUAGUUACAGGGCUUAAUUCAUUUCGCAGGCGAUACUCUAUUGUUUGAGAGAAGUAACAUUUUUGUAUGCAAGUUUCUUAACGCCUUGUUUCGUCCUCGCUUCGUCUGCAAUUGCUGCCGAUUGUUGGUUUGAAAAGUAUGAGUGGAGGUCUGAACGUUCCGCGCAUACUUGAAACUGUAUCUCGUACGAAGUAAAAACCAAAAAAAGAAAAAGAGAAAAAAAAAGAGGGGGAAAAGUUUACCGAUGUUAUUUGAAGUAAGACCUGUGCCUUUUGUGCCUCAGUUUUUUGUUACGGUUUACGAUCGACGGGAGAUAUUACGAGCAACGCUUCUCUGAUGCGACCAGACCGAUGAAUCGAACUGCAAGAAUAGAAGCAAAGCUGUACAAACCCCGAAUGUACGAUAACUUAAGUCUAACCGACUAAGUUCCGACCUUUAUUUAUGAUGAGAUCCAUACAAGACUAACGGCAAUGCUCUGGAACGACUGUUCGCACCUCCUGGAGGCAUUCGAUAAUAAAUCAAUAAUAAAACUUUGAAAA